AUGGCAGGCAUGGUUGCAUAUCGCAAGUGUGGGGCUUCAAACGAGUCGCGCAUCAGGACAGGGCAUCGAUACCAGCAAAGACACACGGCAGAGACCGCAACAAGCAAGUCUGAUGGGCAGCCUUCUAGGCCCGUCGGCUUGUACGCAAAGAAGAAGCACAUACCACAUGCAAAAAUGACGCAAGUGAAGCCUCCCCUCCUCCCUCUGAACUCUAUUCCAUUCUAUCUUUCCCGAUAUGAUCGGCCGUCAUCUGAGAGGGCCAACUGCCAUCUGAUGAACUCCAUGUCUCCAAGCCAGCAUGAUCGUCCUUUUUCGGUUGCCGUCCCUGGUGUUUCGGGUGUGCUUUGUGGUGGUGUUGCGGUGGUGUUGCAUCCCAGCUUUUUGCCCCAGUUCCAAUACCUACCUUCCCCCUCCCGUGCCGUGCAUGUGUCGCAGCGCAGCCGCGGGCGCCUGUUAAUCGGAAAAAAUGUUACGAUUUUCUACGUUCGAGCGCUGCGCGUCGCCAAUCCACACUACAACUCCUACUGCGCUUCGACGGGGCUAGGAGACUUUAUCUACGACACGAGAGGGAGAGAUAUCAACUGGGUUACGAUUGCAAUUACAGAGCAACGAUACUCGACGAAAGCAACCAACGCGAUCAAUUAA